GACGCUCCCGGCCAGAGCCUCUUCCUGUUGCCGGCUGUAUCGCCCCCCCCCCCGUCCUUCCACGGGAUGUGUUUACACGUGGGGGUAUCCAAGAGACACCCGCGUGCUUUUGAGAAACCCCUUGUUCCCAGAAAGUGUAAAAAAACCACAGCUCAAAAGGUGCUGGGGAUGCCCUGUCCUUGGCUUCAUCGAAGGGUUGAAACAGAGUACUGCCCAGAUAAACUGUCCCAGUCUAUGGCAUCUGUGGUGGCCUUAAUGAUUUCCCACUGUCCCCUGAGCCCUUCUGUCUUGCUUCCAGUCAUGAGGCCGGUGCCAAUGAGAUGGACACUACCUUGCCAGCAGUAGCAGAAGAGCUUCUGAAAGAGAUCAAAAAGGCUUUUCAGGAGACCUCACAUGUACCCGAUGACCUGCUGCUGGGGCUGAAGUUCAUAUUUGGCCCAUCUGCUGUCCCAGCUUUGGAUUUGGUGGAUCAGCGUUCUGUCACCCGAGUCAUGUCCCCCAGUGGAAGGACUGCAUACCAGAACUUGGAAAAGCACUUGGAUAAACAUGGAGACAAUAUCAGUGUUUUAAAAACUCCUAAAGUGAUACUGGAGAGCAGUAGCCACAGACUAGAAUUAGAACAGCAUGGUACACUACCAUUUUCUUUGCGGCUCCCAGCCAGUCAGAGAUGAUUUCUUACGUGUUUGUGGGUAUCACAAUCAGAAGGAAGUUUUCCAGGGAUUACUAAUUUUGCAAUCCAGCAAAGGCAGUUCUUCCUCUUGACAAACUACGCAACGGAGUGUUAUCUACCAUCACUGCAUUUCGUUCCCUGUUGCACUCCAAAUCCUCAGUAUCCUGAACACUCUUGACCUCUACUUGGCGAUAGGAUCCUUGCUGCCUGGGAGGAAGCAAUGCAGGCCAAAUCCGUGGGUUUCAUUCUAGUUCACUAUAGCCAAGUCUGAAUCACAGAAACAUCUUCAUAAAAUGGCAUUUUAGGGAGCAGAGCUCACCUUAGCCCUAUAGAUCAAGCUCCUCUUACAGCACAGGACCAGAGAUGGAGCUGAGGCUCAUUAAGUGAAGAGAGGAGCCAUUGGCACUUCUUUCUGACUUUUCUGUGGUAUGGACAAUUCCUUCCUCUACUGCACCACAGCACCAGUGGCAUCUCUGCUGGGGACAGUCUGUCUGUUCUGUGAGCCGCUGACCAGCUACAUCCAGCCCAUGGGGUCAUGGAGUCAGAGACACUGUGUGCUGUGCCCUAGCUAAGACUGUAUAAGCAGUAGGACCCUGUGUCCAUAAGAUUUUGGUGAAGAAGCACCCAAUUCCUUCUACUUAUCACUACUAACCCCCCCAGAUAGUACAGCCCCCUCCAUUGCUAAACCUGGUGCUGUGUUUUUUCACACACCAGAGAAGGGGAAAACCUCUUUGCUCACUGUUGCAGCAGCCAGGAGGAACAUUUCCAAAUAUCCUCUCUGCAAAGGGCCUUCUCUCCUUCACUGGAGGUGCUGAGAUGCUUUGGGGUCAUCUGAGGUAAGAGAAGAGCUGUGAAGCCAGGCCUGGGUAAUGGCACAGAAGUUUCUCACGUGUUCAGCGCUUUCAUUGCUUGAUUGCACAUGGAGUCUUUAUCGCUUCUGGGGCCUUAGAGAGGGCAUCAGCCCCUCCAGAGAGGCAUGAUUCAUAAACAUACAGGGCUCAAGAACACAGCCUUUGAUUUGAGUUGAAGGCUUGCCAGUGGGUAUUUGGUAAAGCCUAAGAAGCACUGCUUCCAGGACCCUCAGACAGCAGCUGCCUCACUAAUAGAAUGCUUAAAGGCUUUUCCUUUUUUACUGUUGCUCAGCUGAAUAUGCCACUGGGCAGAGAAUGGUCAUGUUCUCCUUGCAGAGCUUUGUCAGGCCAUGCGGGCUAAAGCAGAGCUUUGGAGGCUGGGAUGCACAGUCUUCACUUAGCACCCUUUUGUGUGAAGGAUGAGGGGGACUGCUUAGAGUCUCUGGUCUUCCUAGGAAGCCUAAAUGUGUGCUCACAUGCUCACAGCUUUUCUGCAGUAUGCACGCUCCUGAGCAGUAUUCAUCUCUAGUGGAGCUUGAUUGCUGAUUAAGGCCAUGCUGAAGAGUUCAUUAACAGAGGAAUCUGAAGAGGUAUUUUCUCUGGGGGUGUGAGGCUGGUCCCAUUGCGAAAUUCUUCCUCAGCACAGCUGUCUGAGAUGCAGAAACAAAGAGCAGAGCCUCCCCUGAGACCACUGGCUGGAACAGUGAUGGGAACACAAUCUGGGGCCAUAGAAACCAAAACACUGAGCAGGAUACUGCACUUAAGAGUAGCUGAGUAGUGUCACUGCCUCUUCAUUCAUGUGGGUUUGUGUGGUGUAGACACCUAUCCCAGCUGUGUGCACUUCUCCCUCAGCAGGGAAGCAUGCCCAGUGCAGUGGGGAUUUGGGGGGCAUCUAUGGCUGCCUGGACACAUGCACAGUCAUCCCUUUCACUUAUUACCCAGAAAGUCAGUUUGCACCCAGAUGUGGUUGAGCUGGAAUGCAAAGCGGUGCUUUCACCCGCAGCUGGAUCUGGAGAACCUUUCUCAUUGAGACCAUGAGGCUGGUCCUAUUGUGAAACGCCUUUGGGUCAUCAUAGCCAAAUCUGAGAUGUUGAUACUUCGCAGGCUAAAAUGCUGUUUGCAUUCCAUAUUACCCAGCACAUCUGAGGUACUGCUUCAGGGGAAAAUGGCUUUGCUCAGACAGGCCCUAGGACUGCAGCCUGUAGCGUAGGCAGCUCUUGCCCUCAGGAACCAAGGCAGGAGAAGAAAGAACCCUCAGUCAAGUGAAAGCUAUGAUUUGUCUUGUAAUGCCCAGGCAUUAAUGCCCUUGCUACUUAAUAGAGGAGUAGCACUGAUGGGGUAUUCAAGGGCUGAUGUUACCUCAGAGUUGUUAAUCAUCCCAGAAGAGCUUGUAUAAUACCUGCCUAUGCUGCAGACUAAAGCCAACCCUCCAGGUCAGGGAUAAAUAAGACUCACCUGCUGCAGAGAUGGUGGAUGCUGGCCGAUGGUGGAGCUGUGCUGGAUUCAGCAGAAGUAUAAGGUGGUGAGCAGGUGGCAGUUGGGGCACCUAUUAGCUAUGCCUGAGUUGCAGAAACGCUGUGAGCUGUGGGAGUGAAGCCAGCUAGGAGGGGGAGAGGCAGUGCUUUAGUCCUUCUGCCAACUGUCACUUGCAUUGCUCACAUCCUGCACUUUUAUUGGAUUCUUCUUUUUAAUGUCUUUUUAAAAUUAAUUUCCUAGAACUGUAUGGCAGCCUGCCCCACUGUGAAAGAUUUGAGCAUCAGGUCCUGGCACAGACUGUGGUGCUACCUGGCUGUACACUGGUGGCAGCAGUAGCUGCCAUGGUGCCACAGCUGGCCCUCCUGCGUUCCCACACGCUGGCAGGGGCACCACCACCAAGGUGAUUUUUCCUUGCUGUACAGCCAGCAAGCACCUGGAGAUGAGGGCAGCGGAAGGAAAUCUCACAGCAUCUCAGGGCCAAGAGAGCACCCCAGUCCCUGGCUUCGCUGCAGCUGGCCAGAAACAGAGGCACUUUUUUCUAUUGGUCUUUGGAUUUUAGAUUCUGCCUUAUUAGGCAGCAGCUGCAUUCUUGCCAUCUAGGUCAGGACAGGGGGAUGCUAAUCUCAGCCCAAAUCUGGCAGUGUCUGUGUCUUCCCCCCCUCCUCAAAGGAAAACAAUUCUGAAGGAAAGGCACCAUCAGAAUACUUCAUCUUGGAAAAAACAAUCAAAGGGGCUAGAGAAAAACAAACUUAUCACAAGUGAAACAAACUCAGCCUGGAGUAUAAAGAGGGCCCAGGGUAAAGGCCAGACUGAAAAAAGAACGGUUUACCCUGAAAUGGGAAUGAGAGUCUUGUGUCCUGAAUCUGCCAGGAGUAAGGGGAAUUAUGAGGCAUAGAUGCUUCUGUGGGAGAGCUUAAACUUGUGGAUGUUACCUGUUGGGCAACAGGUGCAGAAAGAGCUCCAAGGGACAGGGGAAGGCUCCCCUUGCAAGUGCAGCUCUGGACCCGGUGGGAUGAUGUUCCUCUGGGGGGACUUAGGAGUGCUGGGGGCGUCCUGGAAGGGAGCAGCACUCUGCAGAGCACCACUGCCUUUUCACUUUUUGUGUUUGUCUUUGGAUUUAGGUGUAUGUGUGCCACAAACCCAACCAGAAUCUAAAGCCUGGUAUGGGAGAGGAGUGUGGUGUGCCAUCAGAUUCCAGAGGCUUGUGUGCCAAGGUGGGCACUGCUGGUGAUUACACCCAUGUAAAUCCCCACCAUUCCCUGGAUAUCCAGGUAGAGUUAGUGCCAGUUGUCGAGGCCACAGAGCUGACACAAAGCACUUGCUCUCACUGUGGCAGAUAGGAGACAUAUCGUGGCAAAUGCUCUGUAGUAAUUGUGUUUUGGUCAUGGGGUGCACUCAGUUUAGGCCUCAGAGCAUUAGUAAAGUCCAUGCUAUUGAGUGCAGGUUUCUGUUUAAAGUCUGCGAGCGUGUUCUCUCCUGCAGGCCCUUCUCUUGCAAUGGGACAGAGCAGAGCAGUUGGCUCUUAAAGUACCUUUCUAAAAGCUAUUUUCCAGUCUUGAAGAAACCAAAAGAGAAAUAAUCCAUAGGCUGGCUUUCCUAUACCAUGCAGUCAGCUCCAGCAGCUCGCAGAUCGACUGUUAGCUUCUCCAUGCUGGAAACAAAUGCAUCUCUCACCUGGCUGCCAGCGUCUCGUGCCCAUGGUGCAGAGCAAUAUACCCCAAUACCAGCCUUGCAGAGGAACAGCAUGUGGGAAAAGGAGGCAGUGCUGUUCCCAAACCAGAGAUGGAGCAGGGAGGCUUCUUCUCUGGAGACUUCAACUUUGUUUAUUCAGAAAAAAACUGGAUUCCAAUAGCUGCAGCUGGUUUUGGGAGCAGAACAGCAAUGGCCUUCAGCCGCUGGACCUACUCAGCCGCUGGAGCUAGUUAGAAAAAGCCUCACUGUGAGUGCUCACUGUGGCUCUUCUUCCAU